GUAUGGUCUCACUGUGCUGUUUUGUUAGUUCGCGGAAGGAAGUGAUGCCGCCAUCGCUGCCCAUUGAAACUGAAUUGGACGAGAUGCCAAGUACAAGUAAUAAUACGAGCAGCAAUGGUCGCAGAGGUGAAAAGAAGAAGGCAUCGAAUAACGACGUCAAGAUAAAAAAAAUGAAGCAGCAGUGUCGCGUGCAAAAAAAAGUCGCAGGGAAGAGGCAAAAAAAGAAUUGGAAAAUCUUGCUAUUAAUCUGCCAAACCGGACGCUGCCUCCAUCCGAACACGAUGACGAUCAAAACACAACUGGAGUUCGAAAGUCCAAACGGGCACACAUUCCAUUGUGCAACACCUGGGGGCACACAGUGGAUGAUCCUUUUUUCUUCCUAUAUAAAAAACCCUAUCAACGCAAAGUUUAUUCCCUACCACCGAAGCCAAAAAAGAAAUUACAAAUUAAUAACACGGAUUUAUUUGUGGACAAACCGCCGUUGGCCAGUAGCACCCCAAGCAACGAAGCCACCAACGUCACAAGCAGCGACACUAAAGCAGACAAACAGAAUCGUAAGAGAAAGCAAUUAA